AUGCAGGAAGGCGACCACGACGAGGAGGAGUACCCUACUAUCAACCGCUCGAAGCCUGACGAGGAAGAGAAUGUCGACGAUGAGGAGCUGGCUGAACGCGGCAUCAUGUCGUCGCACCAACGUCAGCGUCAUCGUCUUCAGAAGGAGAUUAAGGAUCUGGAGCAGGAGGCUAUCAGCGAGAAGCCGUGGCUUCUGAAGGGUGAGGUGCGCUCUGCUGCGCGUCCAGAGAAUAGCUUGCUAGAAGCGGUGCUGGACUACGACAGACCAGUGAAGGCUGCCCCUGUGAUCACGGAGGAGGUGUCCAUCGCUCUUGAAGAGAUGAUUAAGAAGCGUAUCUUGGAAGACGACUAUGACGAUGUGAUCCGUAAGUUUGCUGGCAACGAAGAGGACAAGAAGAACAAGCUGGAAGAAGUGUCAAUGGAGAAAUCGAAGGAGGGACUGGGUGAGAUUUACGAGAAGGAGUAUAUGAAGACAGCCAUGGGCUUUGAGGCUGACGACGAGUCUAAACAGGACCAAGAAGAGAUCGAAGUCAUGUUCAAGAGCUUGUGCUGGAAGCUCGACGCGCUGUCCAACUACCACUUCACACCCAAGCCGGCCGUCAAGGAGCUGCACGUCAAGCCUGCUGUGCCUGCUAUAGCAAUGGAAGAGGUGGUGCCUAUCAGUGUAAGCGACGCGAACUUGAAGGCACCCGAGGAAGUGUACGAGAAGAAGCGUAAGCGCGGCGAGGCCGUGUUGCAGUCCAAGGAGGAAAUGACUCAGACGGAGCGCAAGGCGUUGCGCAACGCCAAGAAACACGCACGGAGGAAGGAGAACCGCCAGCGCGAGUUCGACGAGCGCCUGGUGGCCAAACUCAACCCCGGUCUGGGCAACAAGUACGAGAAAAAAAAGAUGCUCGAGAGCAUCGCCGGCGCCAAAAACAUCACCACGGGCAAGCAGAUCGAGGGCUCGUCCAAGCAGUUCUCCAACUCGAAGGAGUUCUUCACACGCUUGCAGGACGAGGUGCAGGAAAAAAUCAGGAAUGCAAGCAGCAAGUAG